AUUUUGCUUUUAGAUGCACAACUUCAACUCAGAUCCAGAAGUGUUUAUCUUCUUAGUGAGUACUCGAGCUGGUGGCCUGGGCAUAAAUUUGACUGCAGCUGAUACAGUUAUCAUUUAUGAUAGUGAUUGGAACCCCCAGUCUGAUCUUCAGGCCCAAGAUAGAUGUCAUAGAAUUGGCCAAACAAAGCCCGUUGUUGUGUAUCGCCUUGUUACAGCAAAUACUAUCGAUCAGAAAAUUGUGGAAAGAGCAGCUGCUAAACGAAAACUGGAAAAGUUGAUCAUCCAUAAAAGUAAAUAA